GUCGCGCUGCGCAUCGGGUUUCGCCGAGAGUACUGCGGUAAAAUCUCAAAACAUUCCAAAAACAACAGGUGUGUUUCUUCAAAAGAAUAAGUAGCACUCUUCCUUUAUGGGAACGACAAUUUGUUAGGUGUUGUAUCAGAACGCGAACAUAGCUGACCAUUCAAUGUGACUUUUCCGAAGUGCCAGUGCCGUUCUAGUCAGUGCGUUUCAGAACUUUCGAUGUGUUGAAAGAUGAUGACAAUGAACUUAGGGAUGUACAACAACAGCGGAGGUAUCUACACGGGCGAUUACGCGAUGGGUUACGGUGUCGGAGCCGCGGAGGAUUCUCACGGAACACAGUUCCACGGGUACGAAGAUCACAGUUCGAUGGGGGACCACUUCGUCGCGGGCAGGUCCGGCGGGUCCCCCGGUAGAGGGUACAAUGCGGGGUUUUACGCCGUAGAAGGCUACCAGGAGUACCAAGACUUGUGCCAGAGAGAGUGCCAGAAGAUUCCUCACGAAGAGGGAUUCUACCACUUAGGACACUCGCACCAGGGCGAGUCUUUCAACAUAAUCACCUCCAACGGACUAAGCUAUACUGACUUAGACUACGGCACCCCGAGUUACCAGAAGACCGAGCCAAACUUUGAAAGGCUACAGUAUCCUCAGAAACACCACGAAGAGGUACACCUUCAACAAGAUCUCCUGCAUCACCACCAUCACCAUCACGAUGAAGGAUACGUUAUCCACAAUACCGCAUACCACCACCAUCACCAACUGCCCCCGUCCCACCCGGACACAGGGCAGCACUUCCUGCAGGAGACCCAACACUUCCAGGGGGUCAAGGAGGAGGUACUUCCCCAGAGCAUGCCUUCCAUGGACUACGACCAGAGACACCACAGCCACCGACCUUCUCCCCAACAGACGGUGCCGACUUACAAGUGGAUGCAAGUCAAGAGGAACGUUCCCAAACCUCAAGCCCCAAAACCAAGCUCCAACGGAGAAUUUCCUCUGCAGAACUUCGGCAGUGGCCUUCAGAACUCGACCAUCGGUAAUCCCCUCGCCCUCGGCCACCAAGUGUCAAACACUUCACUUCUGAUGGGCGCAAACAGCCUCCUCAAUAACAGCGGCCGCACAAAUUUCACAAACAAACAGCUAACCGAACUCGAGAAGGAAUUUCACUUCAACAAGUACUUGACGCGGGCUCGCCGGAUAGAGAUCGCAUCGGCUCUUCAACUGAACGAGACCCAGGUGAAGAUUUGGUUCCAGAACCGCCGAAUGAAGCAGAAGAAGCGGAUGAAGGAAGGGUUGGUUCCCACCGAACCUAUCAGCCUCAGUGGAGCCAGUAGUACCAGCAACUCCCCCACCGGCCACCACCACCAUCUCAACGAUGACAGCAGGGAAUCUCAGAUCACAUGAUCCCUCCAGUACUACCAUCUGCUUUAGGUUUACUGUCGACUACCUGACUUUUAGAAAACCCUCAAUGAUUUACUAUUCAUUAUUCUAAAUAAUUGACGAAUUCAAUUUGAAUAUUCGAAUAUCUUGCUGUUGACCUAUCAACAUGUGCGUGAAACACAACUCUUUCUUUAAAAUCCAUAGCUGGUGAUCAUUAUUUUGAAACAAUUAUUACGGUAAUAUGCCAUUAAUGGUUAUUACAUAAUCACAUAAUAUGUUAUCCGAUGUCUAUCAAUGCUGAAACCUUAGAUCACAUGCUAACAAUCUCAGAAAAAGUGCUGAAAAUCAUAAAUUCAUGAUGAAAGUGCGAAAAUAUUUGCUGAAGGCUUAGGAUCAUAUCUUGAAAACUUUAGAACAUAUUUUUCGAAUUUUUAUAUUUCUUCAAAGCGUUGGAACCCGCUAUUAAUAAAUAUUGAUUUGCGAAUUUUAUUUUACGAUUUUCACGCAAAUUAGAAUGAUUUAUCUAGUUUUCAGAGUAUUAUGGUAAAUAUUUUACCGUCAUUAACUUUAUUAAGUAACUGGAACUAUUCCUUAUUCUUAUAAUAAUAAUUCAGUAGAGAAUUUGGCAUUAAACCUAAGCAACAAAUGCAAGCCCACACGCAACAUCUAUAUUUUGGCAGAUAAGGUGAAAUUUGAAUAAAAAAUAAUUACAUUACAUCUAACAAGUAUACCAAAGUCAACUUCCAGUAAAUCUGAUUUUAUUUUCUCCGUGUUCAUAGUAAAUUCGAUAGUUUAGUUAGACCUUUUAUUGGUUAUUGUAUUUGCUUGGUUUUUGUGUCAUGCGGAUUUAAGAAAAUGUUAUUAUUACUGUAAGAUAAACAAGAUAGUAAAGAACAGUUUAUAUUGCCUUAUUUUACAAAACACGCUGAGAGAGAGAGUAGGUAGUUUCCGAACAGAAUUCUUAAUUUUGUGGUAAGAGACCGGAUUGAAUGAUACUAUAAGUGUAUAAAUAAUCUUAACUUUGUAAGUGGUUACCCAGAAGCCAUUAAAGAUAUUAUAUCGAUUCACAUAGGAUUAUAAUAUAUAGCAUUACCUCUAAGAUACCUGUUCUGUGUAAAUAGGUUUAAUGUGAUUUGUAAUAUAUUGAUGUAACAGAAUUAAUUUAUCGGCUUAAAAUAGUAUUUAUUAGUCAUAUAAUGAGUUAGCCGAGGUGGGUGUCCCGAUUAUCAAAACUGUCUGUUUUCAUUUUAAAAACUGUUAAAACCAGGACCUAGGUGUCAAAUUAAAGGUAAUUAAAGAUUUAUGAAACAUUUGUAUGCAUUUAAGAUGUACAGCUAUAUACAUGGUUGUUAAUAUGUUUAAUAUUGUUCUUUAUUGACAAAAGUAAAAUUAUUUUGUGAAAUUACGACAUGAACAAGUUCAACCAAAACAAAUUUUUUUACAUAUCAUUAAAUGAUGUUAUAGGCACGAUCUUUUUUUAUGGGUACGAUGAUUUACGGAAUAUCGUUAUCGAGAUAUUAAAACUUAAUGACAUCCGUCGAUAUGUUGUAAACACAGAAAGGAAAUUUCAUAAAACUAUGAUACUAAAAUUUAAUUACAGCGAAAUAACAUUCAAAAUUACAUGCCCCUUGGGUAAGUACACAAUUAAGGUGGAUCCAGGAAUUCACUUGCCUGAAAAGGGAACUUUUAUUCCCCAACGCAGGACAAUUAUUAAAGAAUUUUUAUUUGGAUAAUCUUUGUAUUUUAUAUAAUUUGUUUGGGUAUUUUGGUAUUAUACAUAGGUCGCUAUUUUUCUAGAGUUUUGUUACCAGGGACCGAAAAAAAACGACAUUAUUAGAAAGGACGGACUUUAUUUCACUUACUGUGAAAAUUACAUGUCUAAGGCGAUCGGUUCUGGUUUUCUGCCUUCCAAAGGAAGCGAUGUCAGCGAGAAGGAGUGUAAUCUACUACUUGUUAUUAUGCGAUACAAGUAGGUAUUUAUUAUACAUAUAGUGAAAAAAGAACGUGAUCUGACAUCGGAAAAGUAGGACGAUCAGGGACGUGAUCUGAGGUCGGGAAAGUACUGAUCAGAAAUGCCUCUGAUCAUCAGUGCGGGCUUCGGUGGUGCCUACCUCGUAAAAAAACAUAUCUCGCGAUAGUACCCAAAUUCAAGCUCAGAUCAAGUGAGCACUCAUAAAUUAUCUUUAACUUUGGUACUAUUAGUACCAUAUCUAUAGAAACCUAAUCAUAACUGACUUAUAUCGCGUAAUAACAACUAGACAGGGUCAUAGUAGACUUCUCGCCACCAUUGCUUCCUUUUGGGAGGCAUUAAACAAGAACCGAUUGUCAUAAUGACGUCAUUUUCACAGUAAGUCAAAUAAAGUCUGUCCUUUCUAAUAAUGUAGUUUUUAGGUUCUCGGUAAGAAUAAGUAUUUUUUUUAAAUGGCCUCCGGAUAGUACUAAUGUACUUUUGAUAUUGUAAGUUAUUAUGAGUUGUAUAUUCCAACAAAUAUAAUAAACUGAGGUUUUUACACUAUCAAUAGAGCGGUAUCUUAUCUUCAUCAACAGUAACGUUUUGGACAAGCGAUUUCCACAAAGAUGGAUUUUGAAAAGUAGUAGAGGGAAUCAUCAAGAAACCUAACCUAACGUUAAUUUUAUCAUUUCAAAAGCCAGUAAAACAAUUACAAAUUUAAAAAUUGAUAUAAUAUCAUCUUGUAUUACAAUCAUUACUUCAGAAGCUCUUAACAGUGUCUGUAGUAAGAUUGCUUUAUUCACUCAUCGUACUAUGUCCUAAAAGGACCUUUGCCUAUGCUCCCGGAGUGACAGGAUUUUCAUUGAUGCUGCCUUCUGUCAAUUCCCAUGAGGAGGCAUAGCAAACUCUGUAUGUCAAUCAUGUCUCCUUAGAAGGAGGGGAGGCCAGCUCUGUUCUACCCUCUGCAGCCAAAGCAGGUAGGGGAAGGUAUUCCCUCAUGUUUAGGCUAGCAACAGACUUUGACAAUAAGGAAGCUCCAAACACUCCAAAAGUUACCGUCCGCAGUAGACUAGACCUGACGAUCGACCCUUUAACCCAAAUAUCUCGACAUUUGUUGUUAGUGUUGUGCCGUUUCUUGACAUCCAUGGGGUUGAACAGAUAUAAGGGACAUGUUUUGUUGUACUCACUGUAGGUUCAGACGGAAGGUAUAAAACAGCCACAAGUGAACUCUCCAGGGAGCUGGAGUGAGAUAGCUUACCGAGUUGACCUUUGCAGGUCGUUCGAUAGUGGCAAUAUCAUAAUUUACUAAUGCCCAUAAGAAAAUUUGGUUGAUUUAUUCUAUAAGUUCAUGUUGCAAAUUCGCCUCGUUUUGUGAUUUUGCCAAUAUGGAAUAAUGUUGAAAUGUGUUAGUACUGUUUACUUGUCACCAUAUAGUUGCCUAACUAAAUAAUAGGGACUUGAAGUUUUUAAAUUAUAUGAAGUUCCACUUUCACACUUCCGUUAAAACUCACGUACCCACGUGUAUCUUAAACUGUAUACGUUUAAGCUCUCAAUAAUCUACCGUCGGAUGGAUCUAGUUGCAUACGAAUAUCGUGUUAUUUUAAGUGUUAAAACAAGUAAAAUGCUGAAGCCUGUUAGAUUAUGGCCUUUAUCUAAAUCCCUUGGUUCUGCUUAUCUCUAAGAUAUAAUUUAUAUAACAUCGCAAUUGAGGGUGUCAUCAAAUUCUCUGCUACCCACUCGUCAACUAUUUCAACACCGUUCUAUUUCAAUUUGUUUGACACAAUUUUAUAAUGUAAUGUAUUGUCUGAAUGGUUUUAACACUCAAGUCAUUAGGUUUCAAAUUUUAAGUUUACGCUACUUUUUAUGUUAUAGUAAUUAAUUAGUAUUUUUGAUGACAGAAAUAUUUCAUUAUACUGCAUAACAAUACCAUGCUUAAAAUGUUCAUUUAUGCAGUAAACCUGUCUAUAAGGUCAAUUUUAUUUCCUGUUACAUUGCCCAUUUCAAAUCAAAAUAAAAAUUAAAUACAUCUUCAGAAUGUUGUUUACUGGUUUUGUUAAAUGUCAAAGCUGAAAAUAGUUUUAAUUGAGUUAUUCAUUUGGAGUUUUUAAUCCAUUUCACUGUAACUUGACAUUAUAUUUUUUAUGUUGGGACGAUUACCUUAAAAACCAAACACAUUCUAUAUUUUUAAGUAACCCUUCACGAAAUUAUUAUAUUUCGGUUGAAGUUCUUCUAUUUCAGCUUUGACUAGAGUCCCUAGAGCCCUAGAAAGCUAGCUACAAUGAAAGCAAACAAAACAUCACGCAGAAAAAAAACAAAGUUAUUAUCCCAAGGAUCCAGUGCCAACCAAUCUGACUACCAAGAAAUUAUUAAUUUGAGAAAUGUAUUAACUACAUUUUAAACUACAGCACUACUGUGGAUGUAAAACGAAUUAUAUCUAAUGGAAGGCUUGUAUAUUUAACAUUAGUUGAAAAUUAAUCAUCAAUAUAUCACAGGGAAAUCUACUGGACAUAGCUGCCCACCCGGCUUCUAAUGUGUAUAGCCAAGAUAUGUUGUUCCUAAGUCCUUCAGGGAGUUUCCUUGUUGUAUCAAUAAAGUACAAACUUAUGCAAA